CCAAAAGAAAACAAAAGCAGGCGGUCGAUAUGUAGAAAAAGACGACAUGGACGAUCCAGCAGCACAACUGCAUCAGAACUUGCAAGAUGCAGUGAGUAAUGCCCUCGCCAUGCGUCGCCCAGUUCUCCACCACCUGAGUGCCGACACAGCAUGGCUGCUUAUGAUCCCUCGUCCGCUCGCCGCAACCAGACGUGGAGGUCGAGUCUACUUCAACAUUCUCAUCGACCCCUGGCUCUCAGGAACACAGACCGACUAUACCAGUUGGUUGAGCAAACAGUGGCAUGCCGAUGAACCUCGAGUCCCGAGCAUCGCUGCGGUAGAGAACCUCAUCCGCGAAACUGAGAGUCUUGCCAGCGGAUUACGUUCAGAAAAAGGCAGAAAGAGUAAUGAACAAGACAACGAUGAGGUUGAGACUUUCAUAGAUGCUGUCGCCAUCAGUCAUCAGUUUACCGACCACUGCCACGAACAAACGAUGCGAGCCGUGCACCCAGACAAAGCGAUCCCACUGAUCGAGUCAUGGAAGCACUUCCGUGUCGUACAGACGAUACCACACUUCUCCCAAGAUCCCGACUGGCAUGCGACAUCAGUACCCCCUUUACCAGAAUGGCUUGGUAUAUCACGACUCGUAACAGGCAGCGAUAUGCUAUAUUUUCACUCAGCACUCAUGAUCACUUUCAACAAUCAACAAAGUGGCCAGGCUUCUAGAAGAAGCAGUUCACGCCAGUAUAUCGAGCCAGAACAAGAGGAUGAAGGCGCAGAAGCGGUCAUAUACACACCCCAUGGAAUACACAGUGAUAGUGAGAGUCUUGAUCUGGUGACCAAAGCCAACCCACCGAUAAAGACGCUAGCUUUCUUGCAUGGUCUCGAGGAUAUUACACUGGGAGCAGCACAACAGCUGAAUCUGGGAGCACACAAUGGACUCCAANNGGCACAGCGAAAACUCAAAGCCAGCUAUUGGAUUGCUACUCAUGAUGAAGACAAGAAGGGGACAGGGAUUGUGGGAUGGUUGUUAAGGAGGAGGAAGAUCAGCGUGAAGGAUGCUGUUGAGGCCGAAAAGAAACGCAGAAGGGGCUCAUCGAGCGAAGACACGGCUAGCGACGAGGUGAUAGGGUCAUUCGAAGGAGUCAACUGGGUAGAUGUUGGAAAUGGUGAAAGCCUUGUCCUGGAG